GACAAUUUGUCAGUCCAGGAAGGAUGCUCUCUAGCUAAAUGCAUGCAUGAUAUAUGCACGCAGCUUCCCAUUCCAUUCUGAUCUGAGCCGCUUGGUCAUUUUUCGUCCGGCCGCGCCGUAUCGGCGGUCAUACUCAUGCCCUUGCCUACGCCGCAAGGGAACUCAAGAGCCGCCACUUCCACCGCUCGCGCUAGUGCUACUGCUACCCUACGUCUCACCACCAAAAAAAAAAAUCUCUCAUGCCAUCCCAUCCAUUGGCACUAUGUAUAUAUAUAUAUCCUUGUAGUCAUUUCAGCUGUAUCGAUCCAUUUCCCAAGCUUUCCAUUCCGUCGUAUCGUGUGAUCCGGCCUCCGGUAUGAAUGAUUCGCGUAUUUUGAUUUCGAUCUGAUCCGUCGCACUGUUAGACUCGACCCCGGCCGGGUACUGAGGGAUCCAAAUCCAACGGAAUGGGUCAGGCGGCAGCCAUGACCAUGAGCCCCAGCCCACGCGCCGCCGCCGCCGCCGGCAUCCACUGGGAGGCACACGGGCGGCUUCUCACGGCGUGCCUCGUCGUGCUCAACGUCCUCCUCGUCCUCCUCGUCUACGCCUACUUCUGGCGCUUCUUCUCGCGCUCGCGAACGCGCGGCGGCGGCGGCGGCGAGGACGACGACUCGGCCGAUGGGGCGUCGGCGUCUUCGGAGGCCUCGUCGCCGCCGGCGUCGCCCAAGGCCCGGGACCGGCGCGAGGUGCAGCUGGCCAUCACCGCGCUGCCCGUCUUCGUGCACUCCUCCUCCGGCGUCGGCGUCGGCGGGCCGGCGGCCGAGUGCGCGAUCUGCAUCGCGGAGUUCGCGGACGGCGACCAGGGCCGCCUGCUGCCGCGCUGCCGGCACCGCUUCCACGCGCGCUGCGUCGACACGUGGUUCCGCUCCCACACCACCUGCCCGCUCUGCCGCGCCACUGUCCUCGCCGACGCCGCGCCGGCGCCGGCGGAAACUGCCAACCAAAACCAACCACCGCAUCAUCGUCAUACGGAUACGCCGAAUGGUACGGACUCCAGUACAGAAUCUCCGGUGUGAAAAAGACAGUCGCAGGCAGAUCCAUUCAUGGUUUAACUUGAGAGUACUUUCAAGUUGCGAGUGAUCAGAUGCCUGUGUACUGGGAGGAAUUAAAAGCCUGCUCAUGCAAGCAGAAGCGCACUUCUUGAUCAGGUUUAAUUGUGAGCGCAUAGAUUUUAGACAUUUCAAUCCGUAUUUUUGUACAACUUUCUCGUGUAAACAGUACGUGGGAUGAGCUGCUGGAGCUGCUGGCUGUAAAUUUAUGUGUGCUAAUUGAACUGCUAGCUGAUUUUCUUUGGUUCUGACAA